CAGUAUUCGCUGCAGUAUGUCGUGUGAAGUGGAACAUUCGUAACGUCAUCAGGAUAUUUCCACGAUUAUUGAGGACAAUAUGACGCUGAAUGGAGAUCUGUUGCUGAAGGGCAGUCUUCGGAGAUUUUAUCAGCUCGGGACGAUCAAGACGAUUGCAUUUAUCAUGGGAAUAAUUUUCCUGAUGAUCUUGGUUGUUUAUAAUUACAUCUCCAUUACUAGUGAACAUUUGAAUGAGUUAAGUGAGUAUCAGGUGCUUGCGCCGACGAAAUCAGCAAUGAUAGCGACAAUUCCAACAAUUAAUUACAAAUUGGACGGAAAAGAGCAGCUCGAAGCUGAAUUUCUGAGAAGAGGAGAUCAUGUCAGAGAAAAAUGUAAAGAGUUGGGGCUCAUCAGGAGGCAAUAUUAUAUACCCAGGCCAAAUGCCCAAGAGUUUUUCAUCAACUAUGACUAUCAUAUUAUUUACUGUAGUGUUUUCAAGGCUGCUUCGACUUCGUGGUUGUACAAUAUGAACUUGUUAGCGGGUGUUGCUCCAGAGACUUUAAAAAGAAUUCUGGAAACGGUAUCUCCCAUGACGGUGGCGAGGAGAAAAUACGCGAGACCUUUGCCCUCAGAACUUCUUAAAGCUCUCACGAAGAAUCUCAGUUUCUUAAUCGUUAGACAUCCUUUUGAGCGGUUAAUCAGGACUUAUGAGGAUAAAUUCAUUUUAGAAGGGGAUGACAAGUUCUAUCAAGAAAUGGGAGAGAAGAUAAUAUGGAGAACGAGAUUACAGGACGAUUUUUCGCUGCUGAGAGAUGGAACGAUCAAUCAGACGUACCUACCACCCUCGUUCGAGGAGCUCGUCAAGUUUACGCUCUGCGAGUGGAAAGAUAAUAAACUCCAGGAUGAACACUGGAAACCUAUUACGAAAUUCUGCACUCCGUGUCAUGUACCUUUUGAUUACAUCAUCAAGUUUGAAACACUUGAGAAGGAAGAGCAGGUACUCAUAGAACGUGCAAACCUUCAAGAAGUUUUAAAACCCAGAUGGGAAGAUGAUACGUCAGAUGAAAAAAUCGAAGUGUUAGAGCAAAAAUAUUUCUCCACACUCUCGAAACAACAAAUUCUCGAGCUCUACAAGUACUACAAGGCUGAUUUCGAGCUGUUCGAAUAUUCAAUGGACAAGUAUCUGGCGUACGGACAGGACGUGCCCUUCGUGUCUCUCCCCUGUCGACCAUUGCCCCGCUUAAGAACACGAAAAUAGGACUAACCUAGUCGACGUAUUCUGAAGAUCAACACCAAUGACCCAUUUGUCAUCCACUACUCGCUGCCAUACUCCAGAGACAAUCAGGGCAGGUGGAC